CAUUAGUGUAUAUAAAGCACUUCCUAGCUUUUAAACAUAGCAUCAUAUGUUGUUCUGUUAUGCGUUUUACAUCUUAUAAAAUGAUGAAAGCUAUUAUCCUCCUUUUGGCGGUGGUCGUCUUUUUUGGGUACCCAAGUCAAGCCGAAUGGCAACAAAACCCUCAGCCAUACAAGGUUGUACCCGGCAUCGUUGACUCGCGCUGUCCACGGAACGACGAUCCGAUGAACCCGAUUCACUUCCCAAUGCGGGGCGAUUGCAGCAAGUUCAUGAAGUGCUACGCCGGAAGGGCCUAUGAGCAUCAGUGCCCUGAAGGGUUGGAAUUUUCCGUGUCCAUGAAUCGUUGCGACUAUCCCGAUGUGGCCCGGUGCAGUCAGUGGUAGAUUCCAGGCGGCAGUCGUCCCUUAUAGUUUUCCAUUCAAAAAUUAUUUUUUAUAACUGAAAAUUUACGGAAGCUUAGCUUUGAGAGAACAUUGGUCACAUGAAUGAGAAAAUCUUGAUAAAUUCAAUAAAAUUCAAAGUCUGUGUAAA